AUGGCACCUCAACGAAGCAUCGAGCUUGGCUCCGUCCUUGUAAUCGGUGGCUGUGGAUUCCUGGGAACGCAUAUCGUUGACCAUUUGUUAAAUUUCCCUUCCGAGAACUCCACGAAUGAGGCGUCUCACAUUACCGAUGCCAACGGCCAGCCAGAUAAACGCUUCUCAUAUCCUCACCUUCGAGGACGAUAUCCCGUAUACAAAAACACAAAAGUCUCAGUGGCGGACCUGCGGACGUCAAAUAAUCGGCUUCCUGGUGCAGACUACUAUGACGCCGAUGUUCUCUCUGUCGAUUCGCUGCUAGAGGUGUUUCGUGCGGUGAAGCCAGAUGUAGUAAUUGAUACGGUAUCUCUGAUGCUCGAGGGAAAUCAUGAAUUGAUAUAUAACGUGAACGUGAAUGGGACAAGAAAUCUGCUGGAGGUCGCCGGAGGCCGCAAAGGAGAUUGGGGAGGAAAUUGCAAAGCCUUUAUAUACACCAGCUCAUCGUCCGUCGUGCAUGAUACUACGAGUGAUCUGAUACAUGUGGAUGAACGAUGGCCGAAGAUUACAGGCAAGUUGCAGCAAGAGUAUUAUACAGAAACGAAGGCCAUUGCCGAAGACAUGGUUCUGGAAUGUAACGGCUUUUACCCCAAUGGUAUGCUUACGGUGGCCAUUCGCCCUGCAGGAAUAUACGGCGAGCGUGAUACUACACUGACAUUUAAGAUGGUUGAGCAUGCCGCCAAGUCCUCGCAACGAAUUCUCAACUUCCAGCUGGGUGACAACAACAACCUUUUCGACUUCACCUAUGUUGGUAACAUCGCAUACUCCCACAUGCUGGCCGCCGAGCUUCUACUGGCUACGAAAAAGCGAAUUGACGCGGAUGCAGCCCGGCCACUUGACUAUGAGCGGGUUGAUGGCGAAGCGUUCAAUAUCACAAAUGACAGCCCAGUGUACUUCUGGGACAUGGCACGUGCGAUCUGGGCGCUCAUGGACCGCUAUGUCGAGCCGCAUCAGGUAUUUGCGCUGGGAGAGAGCACCCUAACCAUCGUUGGGGGGAUCCUAGAGGCAGCCUUUGGGCUUUUUGGAAAGACACCUCGCCUGCGGAGGCGUGAAGUGAGAUACUCAUGUAUGACACGGUACUAUUCCUGCGAUAAAGCGAAGAUACGACUAGGCUAUGAACCGAUUGUUCCACUUGAUGAGGGUGUAGCACGGUCUGUUGCAUACGUGCUUCAGAAAGACAGUAAUCUUCGGGCAAAAAAGCAGCUGUAG